UAGUUUCCUUCAGAAAUGAUUUACUUUUUCUUGGUUGGAUAAUGGCAGCCUCCUCCUCCUGCUUCGCAAUUCCCUUAUCUUCUUCUCGAUCAUCUUCCAAUGCCAUCCCAAAAUGCAAAACGUUAACCUCUUCUUGCUUUUACGUAGCAUCUCUCAAAGCUUCUACCACCUCUUUCCAUCUCUCUUCUCUUUCUCGCCAACGACUGCAACUCAAGGUCUUUUCUUCUUCUUCAGAAUUAUCAGUUCUGGAUGAAGCGACACAAGAAGCAGAAGACGAAGUUAAAGUUGAUGGAGAGACAGGAGAAGAAACCGAAGCGGAGCCAGUGGUGACGAAGAAACCCAGACCUUGCGAGCUAUACGUUUGUAAUAUCCCAAGAAGCUAUGACAUUACUCAGCUUCUCGACAUGUUUCAGUCUUUUGGAACUGUCAUCUCCGUCGAGGUAUCUCGAAAUCCAGAGACUGGAGAGAGCCGUGGAAGCGGUUAUGUCACAAUGAGUUCUAUCAACUCUGCCAAAAACGCCAUUGCUUCUCUUGAUGGAAAUGAAGUAGGUGGUCGGGAGAUGCGGGUUAGGUACUCUGUUGACAUGAAUCCAGGAACCAGAAAAAACACAUCAGCCUUGAACUCAACACCUAAGAAGAUUCUCAUGUACGAAAGCCCGUACAAGGUUUAUGUCGGAAACCUCCCUUGGCUCACGCAGCCUGAUGGUUUGAGAGACCACUUUAGCCAGUUUGGUACAGUCGUGAGCACCAGAGUGUUGCACGACCGCAAGACUGGAAAAAACAGAGUCUUUGCCUUUCUUUCCUUUGCAAACCUUGAUGAACGUGAUGCUGCUCUAUCCCUCAAUGGAACAGAAUAUGAAGGUCGCAGAAUCAUAGUCAGACAAGGUAUCGAGAGGACCGAGUCUUAAAACCAUCAUUUUCUUCAACAAGUAACCCUUUUUUAUUACAUCAUUUGCUCUGUUUUUUUUUUUUUUCUUGAAGUUCCUUAUUACUCUUCAAUUGUAACUUCUCCGACUCAUCUACUUUUUACAAAUGAAGUGUAAUCGUCAGUCCAUCUCCUCAAGCGUCUAAGUGCAGUGCUUUGUUAUUCUUGACUUCCAUCGCAAGUCUUACAAAUAUUAAGUUCCUAUUGAAACAUUGUUCGUGUUGUAAUGAGGAUUCGAAUACAAGUAAUUUCAUUCAUUUUCCGUUUGCGAAGAUUUUACAGGGAAGAUACGUGACUAGGGAAGGCUAAGGUUUUUAAAUCUGGGCUCUUUCGAAUGUAAGCCCAUAACUGUAACUUUUUAUUUAGAGGCCCAUUAGAAGGAUGUUAGACUUUAAGCGCGCACCAACUAAACCAACUGAGGAGCUUUCAUUCGAAAGGGCCCAAAUCAUAACAGCAAUUUAGCCACAGAAUUAAUUGACUCAAUUUUUUUUUUAAUUGACUCAAUUAAAAUAUAACCGUUAGGAGAAACGCUUAUGUUGUCAAACGCGAUCGAGCCAGACUUAAAAUCAUAUAUAUAAUGCCUCACUUUUCUCUCUUCUAAGAGUGUACACGUCAGCGUUUUUUAAUGAUUGUAGGGCCCAUGGUUUGGUUUGCUGAUUUAUUUUUCACGUUUUGAUUUCGGUUCUACUUUGUGUUGGUUCAACCAUUUGUUGCGUUUGGUUAAGGUAAGUUUUCUAAACACGGCGUUUUGUGCUUGAGAUUAGGAAUUAAUGGUUUUCAUUUUUCAUCUCUUCGACUUCGUCUUCUCCGCUGAUCUUUCACUCCAUAGACAAUGAAUCCUUCUCUCAACUCUCAGGCUCCUCUAUCAUUCAAUGUCUUUAUCUUAUCUAGCCAAUAAAUGUUAUUCUCAUUUAACCCAAAAAUUCUGCCGACCUCUCUAUUUCCAUCAUGCCAAACCUAUAAAUUGGAGAAAGUUGAGAGUUGGAGAAGACAAACCUCUGGUGAAUACUUUCUCAUAGGAUUCUCCGCUAUCUCAUUCGCCGAAGCCAAGGGUUAGCGAAGAAAAGUGGAAUGGAGAUAGCAGGGCCGGUUGUAGCAUGCGUGGCCUAUCUAGCCUUCAAUAUACAGUGAAUGUUGUAAAGGACCUUGAACUCUUCGCUCAUCAUGCUGGACGCAAAAUUAUGAAUAUGGACGAUGUUAUUCUCUCCGCGCACAGAAACGAUAAUUUAGCUUCGUCUUUGAGGUCAUUGGACAAUGAGCUACAGGCAAAGGAGCCACAACCUGAGAGGAAACGCAAGAAAGUGUCAACCAAGAAAGAUGACAAAUCAAGUAGUAGCAAUGCUGUUUGCACCAACCGAUCUCUAAAUCUUCAGCUUCAUUGCAUACGUUCAAAAAGUUCUUAAAUAUCCUGAAAGUCUUUCUGUAAUUUUAUACAAGAAUUUUCAUUAACUCUCUUACUCUAAAAUCUUAAUAUAUAUAUUGUAUUAGGCCGCGUA